AUGUUGGAGCUGGGCUCCAGUGCUCCAGGGCCUGAAUCUUUGCGCUUUGGCCUUCGCAGCCCUUCCAACGGCCACGGGUGCCGUUCCCGCUUUGAGCCGCACGCAAGCGACAGCCGAGGCCAUCUCCCUCGGUCCGGUCUCUUGAAAGACUGGACCAAGGUGCCGCCAGUUCCCAGGAAAGGUGAUGACACUUUCGACCGUGUCUACGGGCCAAAGUCCACCUUAGAGUGGGAGCCGGCAUCCGCAACCAUUGGGAAGGUAGACAACUCCACUCCCAGCAUUCUGCGGGAGGGCCCUUUGAACGUAGCGCUGAAAACUGCACAUUAUGGCGGAGCAGAGCUUGAUGUGCAGAGUGAGGAAGGAAUCCUCGAAGAGAUGAACCAAGCACGCUACUUUGAGACCACCACGGGUGUGGGUCACCAGAAGCCGGACUAUACAGUGGCACAAAAGGCGGGCAGAAACAGCAGACGCUACAAGCAGGAGAUUUUCUGCGGCCCGGAACCUGACGUGAUGCCGUCACUGGAAAAUGAAGGUUUGGAGGUCCCCUUCCAUGCGCACUAUUCACGUGUGGACCAGAUUACCAACACCAGGAUGUUUAUGGCAGACCCCGAGUUCCGGGGCAAUGUGGCAGCAUCUGCUCCCACUGGUGUUGGACCCUUCCACCGCAAUGCGCAGUUCACCAAGGGAUGCGACAAGUUCAUACUGCACGUUCACAAGGACGAAGGCCUCAAUGAGAUGUACCAGAGACUCCCAGAGACCAACCCCAUGAGGCAACUUGGAGGUGAAAAUGCCUCAGAUCCCCAUGCUGGGAUCCCAUCCCUAGCUGCGCUGAAGGGUGCGAUCCACCGAAAGGUUCAAGAGGUUUGGGGUCCUCUUGGUUAUGUGAACCUCCGGCAACGCCUUUGUGAACUUUGCGAUCACGAAGGGUUCAUUCGGAAGAGCGACGUGGUGGAAGUCUUGCGCGAGCCGCUUGGGCUUUCGGAGGAGGAAGUUGAGGCCAAGCCGUUGGAUGUCGGAGCCACAGAUGGAGGUAGGCUGGAUGAUGGGGACCUGAAGCAAACAGUCAUUUUCGCCUUCGGUGCUGAAGAUGAGGACCCAUUUCAACAGAGCCGAGCGUUGAGCUUCGAGCGAAAAAAAACCGGCGCCGUGGAGCUCGGUGCUGAGCGCCAGGAGUCGGUUGCGAACACCGCAGUGACUGAGCAGGUCUUCUUGGAGCUUUUCUCGGACUUGGCCUCUCGACUGAUUUGGGAGGAUAUCAGGAUGCACAUGAAGGAUCCGGAUCAAUACAGUGCUACGCAACAGCGACGCCGUACAGCGAAACACGCCAUGCUUGGGCGGGUGACCGGAGUGGUGGCGAUUCUGCUGCUGGGUGGAGAGCCAGAACGAGAUACCUUUGCUGCGGAGCUGGCUUUCGACUUUUCUCCGCCCUUGGAAGUCUUCGCCAGCUCUCCCUCAGCCGGGGCGGAAGAACGCCUGAGACGUUUGGACAAGAUCGGCAAGUUGGUUCUUUCUCAUGAGGCCUUAGACACCGUCACGAACUUCUCGACGAUGAUUCCACAACUUAAGGAGGCCGGCAUUUCCAAAGUCCUCCUUGUGACAUCCUCAUACCACAUGCCCAGAGCAACUGCGAUUGCCAGCGUCAUGCUUGGGGCAAUUGGCAUUGAUUUUGAGCCUCACCCAGUGGCCUCGAGCAAACCAAUGGAACCACGCUGGAAGAUUUGGCGUGAUGUGGCUCGCGCUUGGAUUUGGAGAGUCACCGGAUGGGACUUCCGUUGGUUGUUGAAGAUCGUUUUGCCCUGGGCACGACGACAUCAGCCACAUCCGAGCAAUCUCUUGGUUGUAUGA